GCCAUCAAGAGGAUGAGAUGCAUUCUCCUCCCACUCCAGAUUCUGGCUGCCGUCUGGCCCACUCACACCAUAGUUGAUACUUGCGAUGAUUGCGGAAGACACCCCUUAGUGCUCAGACAUGGGCAAAGUGAGCAGGUGGUGGGCGGAGCCGAUGUCCAGCCUGGGGCGUGGCCUUGGGUCGUCAGUUUGCAGCUCCCCACGAUAACAGGACACAAGCACAGCUGCGGAGGCUCCCUCGUUUCUGGCCGGUGGAUUCUCACUGCGGCCCACUGCUUCUCAAACAAAAGGGACCUCCCUCACUGGCGUGCGGUGAUUGGCGCAUGGAGGCUUUCUUCACUCGGCUCCGAGGUCCACGUGCGCUACAUCAAGCGGAUAGUCAUCCAUGAGGAGUACCAGAGGAGCACGGAGACCAGUGACAUCGCUCUGAUGGAGCUGGACCAGCCGGUGAAAUGCAGCGACUACAUCCAGCCGGCUUGCUUGCCUGACAUGACUGUCACCGUCUCUCUCCUGAACCACUGCUACAUCAGCGGCUGGGGCAUCCUAGGAAAAGCUGCAGCCAGGGAGGUGUCCGACAUCAUGCACGAAGUGAAGGUCAACCGCUUCUCUGUGGCUCAGUGCAACAGCAGCGGCUGGUACAAUGGGGCCAUUGAGGAACACACUCUCUGUGCAGGUUACGAGGAAGGAGGAGCAGAUAUCUGCCAGGGAGACAGUGGUGGCCCCCUCAUGUGUCAGGAAGAUGGCUCUCAACCCUUCUGGAUCAUUGGACUCACAAGCUGGGGGCAGGGCUGUGGGAAAGCACACAAGCCGGGUGUCUAUACUGACACACAACACUUCUACCCGUGGAUAAAGCAGUUGGCGGGCCCAAUGCCUCAGCCCCCUCCCACGCCCAUGCCCAUGCCCACAAUCAAGGUUCCACUCCAGAGCGAAUCAACUCCCCACCCAAGCUCUCCCCCCUCAGCUCCCGAAGCCACCAAAACCCCAACGGAACCCUCAACUCCGUUUCAAACCACUUCUCAAAAACAGCCUUUAGUCUUCUUCUGGCCUCCAACCACUGCACAACCUCUGCUUUGGCCUAACACACAACCUUUGUCCCAGUCCACCUCUGAAGUCCCAUCGAAGCCCACAACCCAACCUCAUGCCAAAUCUCCAAACACAUUCCAAAUUGAAGUCCUCUUUCAAACAACCCAAGCGCCAACUUCACCUCAUGCCAAAUCUUCAUCUUCUUCUCCAACUCACACAACAUCUCAGGUCUUGUCACCUUUGUCUUCCACUCAUGCCAAAGUCCUAUCUGAAUCCACAGUUCAAUCCGAGGCCACUCCUCUACUUGAAAUUGAAAUAAUAUCUGAGCCCAUAUCCAAGUCUCCACCUCAGCCUCCAACUCCAUCGAAGACUAAAGUCACAUCUCUACUUGCAUCUAUAAUUCAAUCCGCACUCCAAACAUCACCUCAACCUUCAUCUCCAACUUCACCUAAGACUGAAACCUCAAGUCAGACAACAUCUCACGUCCUGUCAUCUUCAUUUUCCUCUCAUGCCAAAGUCCUAUAUGAAUCCACAGUUCAACCUGAGACCACUCCUCUACUUGAAAUUGAGAUAUCUGAGCCCAUAUCCAAGUCUCCACCUCAGCUUCCAACUCCACUGAAGACUGAAGUCACACCUAUGCUUGCAUCUAUAAUUCAAUCCGCACUCCAAACAUCACCUCAACCUUCAUCUCCAACUUCACCUAAGACUGAAACCUCAAGUCAGACAACAUCCCACGUCCUGUCAUCUUCAUCUUCCUCUCAUGCCAAAGUCCUAUCUGAAUCCACAGUUCAAUCCGAGGCCACUCCUGUACUUGAAAUUGAAAUCAUAUCUGAGAUGGAAUCCAAAACUCCACCUCAACCUCCAACUCCACUGAAGACUGAAGGCACAUCUCUACUUGCAUCUAUAAUUCAAUCCGCACUCCAAACAUCACCUCAACCUUCAUCUCCAACUUCACCUAAGACUGAAACCUCAAGUCAGACAACAUCCCACGUCCUGUCAUCUUCAUCUUCCUCUCAUGCCAAAGUCCUAUAUGAAUCCACAGUUCAACCCGAGGCCACUCCUGUGCUUGAAAUUGAAAUCAUAUCUGAGAUGGAAUCCAAAACUCCACCUCAACCUCCAUCUCCAUUGAAGACUGAAGGCACAUCUCUACUUGCAUCUAUAAUUCAAUCCGCACUCCAAACAUCACCUCAACCUUCAUCUCCAACUUCACCUAAGACUGAAACCUCAAGUCAGACAACAUCCCACGUCCUGUCAUCUUCAUCUUCCUCUCAUGCCAAAGUCCUAUAUGAAUCCACAGUUCAACCCGAGGCCACUCCUGUGCUUGAAAUUGAAAUCAUAUCUGAGAUGGAAUCCAAAACUCCACCUCAACCUCCAUCUCCAUUGAAGACUGAAGGCACAUCCGCACCUGUAAUUCAAUCUACUCUCCACAUCACACCUCAACACAAAACCGAACCUCUUCCCGAGCCUGAAAUUCCAACAGAGGUUGGCUCCACAUCUGAAACUGAAUCCCAACCUUCUCCUGGAACAAAUCCAGAACCUGAAGCUUCACAUCAGUCUAUAACCACAUCUCAACCUACAUCCCAAGCUCCACCUCAACCAUCUCCUCAAACAGAGUCUCAACCAGAACUUGAAGCCACAGCUCAGCCUUUGACUAUACCUCAAACUACAUCGGAAGCCCCGACUCCCUCUGAGACCCAACCUUCCCCUCAAACCACAUCAGAACCAGAAACUGACACUCCAGCUCAUGUUGUAAUUGUAAUUCACAGUACAUUGGAAGCCCCGACUCACCCCGAGACCCAACCUUCUCCUCAAACCACAUCAGAACCAGAACCUGAAACCACGGCUCAUGAUGUAAUUCUACUUCAAAGUACAUCAGGAGCCCCAACUCACUCUGAGACCCAUCAAACAGAACCCAAACUGGAGCCUGAAACUCCCCUUCUAUCCAUAACACUCCAAUCUGCAACCUCACCGCCCACGUCUCCGUCCUCACCAGAAACGGUGGCUCAACCCGAAACCUCCGGGCAACCUCUCCCCGAAGCUCAUCCGAACCCCCAAAUCCCCCAGGCCCCAUCCCGCCCGAUUGCUGAGCGUAAAAUCAUACCCAUCAUUGAAAUCUCCCAUACCGACAACAUCGUGCUAAAGUUCUUGAGGGUGAUUCAGAAGUUCUUGCACAUCAUUAGGAAGUUGAAAGACGUCGUGUGGGUCUGGCCCGAUUUGUCGAACCUGAAACUCAUCAAGGACAGCGAUCUGGCUUCUCUCGAGGAGUCGGAAAGCCCACCGGAGGGUGACCUGCCUGGUGAGUCCUGGUGAGCUGGAAGGAGACCCAGCGUGCCUUUGACAGGCAGGUGUGCCACCGAAGUUGAGAACUCUUGGCAAUGCCAGCAACAUCCUCCGGGGAGCUGUGGCAGCACGCUUAUCGAAACCAGAAACGAAAGUUUUGCUCAGGGUUCUGCUAAUCUCACGAGUGCUGGGUCUCUGGGGCGAUUUUACACAGCUCAGGGUGGUGAGCCGAGCUCCCUCCGUGCCUGGUGCUUCUGAGGCAGCAGUGUGGUGACCACAGGCAGGGCGAGACCUGCAGGCUGCACAAAAAUGGAUUAAGAGGCCACUGCAUCUAAUCUUUCCCUGGGACCUCAGCACCGUCUGGAGAAGGCAAGGUUGCGUUGGGUUGCGUAACUAUUUUGUUGUGCACACAAGCAACCCUUAAUAUGAAGAUCAGCUUCUACAAAGGCUAAGAAUCGGAAUCUAUAUCCCUGUAAGUUUAAAUCCUGUCCCCGUCUCCCCCCGAUUUUCUUUGUAACAGAUGUUUGGCAAUGUGUUUUAUUGUUUACAAAAUGUAAAUAUCAAAAUGUGUUUACAAAAUGUA